AUGGGUGUCGCGUCGACCCUAGAGGGGGUGUGGGAGAGCGUGUUCCACGAAGGCGUCAACACGCCGACGCACCGUGUGAUGAACCUGGCGUUCUAUGGCCUGUUCAUCACCCUCAUUGGGCUCCUGCUCGUGUCGGGCGGCAACGGGCAUGUGAUGGCGCUUCUGCUCCUCUCCGUGUGUCUAUUUGUCUCGGUGAACUGGUUCAUUGCCGAGCUCCAGCGCGAGGCCGCGCUGCGCGACAAGGAGGACAAGAAGGAGUAG